AUGCCUAUGCAGAAACAGGAAACACAGGGGGCAGAAAUGGCUUCCAACUACGUGGACACCACGGGGGAGGAGGGGAGGUUCCACGCCCACGGCCACCACAGCAACAGCACCACGCCGACCGGCGAGGCCGCGUCGCCCAAGAAUACGCGGAGGAGAUGGCCCGGGUCGGCAUCGGCGCCGUCCGGCGCAGGCCACAGACUCGCUUCCAAAUGCGUCUGUGCGCCGGCCACCCACGCCGGGUCCUUCAAGUGCCGCUUCCAUCGUACCAACUCCCAGGGCCACGGCCACGGCCAGGGCCAGGGAAGCCGUCCUUCUUCGCCUCCUUCACCGGCCGCGGCCAACACGGUGCCGCGGCACCCGGCCUCGCCAUCCUCCUCCUCCGGCAUCGUCGCGACCCAGUGA